AUGGUGAAGGGGGCGGCGAUAUUCGGGGUGAUGGGGAUCCCCCUGGGCCCCCUGGGUUGUAUUGCGGGCUUGAUUGUGGGAGCGCUGGUUGCAUUGGGCGUGGGGUUUCUGCGAGAUUACCUGCGGAUACGCGGGUUGCGUAAUGAGGUGGCGCAGAAGUUGCGGAGCCUGGAGCAUUUGCUGCGAUGGUCAGAGUUUAUGUUUGCGGAGAGCCAGCACCCCGCGCUCAUUCUGAUUUACCUAUGUCAGGAGUUUGAGACCGUUAUCCAAAGUGAUAGCCACAGCCGCACGCGGUCGCAGCUACUCGAACAACUGGCGGCUUUCCUGGCCCGGGGCGACGUGCAGGAGGUCGCGACGGAGUACCUGGAGGCGUUCUUCAGCCACUGGCGCGAGGCGGGCGUGGAGGACGUCGCACUGUUUAACCAGGUGCUGGACGUUUGUACAGGCGCGUUCGAAAACGAACGCAAGGUGCCCCUUGUUUACCAGAACAUGAACGCCUUCAAGUCCAGCCCGGCUGUCGAGCAGCUACUCAACACGGUCCGCGACAACGCCGAUGACGCGCCUGGCCGCGGCGCCAGCGGCAAGGAGUCGCGCUGGGUUUCUUACGCAGACGAUUUGAAGGACACCACGCUGGACCACAUCUUCCGGCGGAACAUGCAGGAGCGCUACGGCGUACCUAAACUCCCGCGUCGCAUGAGUUCCCUGCGCGCGCAGCUCUCGACCGAACGGCACCGCACGUUCGACAAGAAGGCGACCGAGAAGCCCCUGCUCGGCCAGGCCCCGAACCCGUGGGUCAACGAAUUCGCUCUGGCCUCCGACAAACAGCCCUCACCCCAGCCCACAGAGNCGGGCGGCG